AUGAGGGAUCAAUUCCAUGCUGCUGCUGGACGACUUGAACAAGCGGGCACUAAAGUGGCAGAUUCUGCACAGGGCGUGGUUGGAGCCGUCGGUCACGCUGCCACUUCAGUGAAAGACCACGCUGCGAACGGAUUGCAGAGAACUGGAGAAGCAAUCGCCGACGGAGCAGGCGCCGUCGUCCAGGGUGCUAAGGAUGCAGGAGAAGCUGUGUCCGAUGCUGCUGGAACAGUUAAGGAUACUGCAGUCGACACUGGAAAGUCUGUUGGCGGCAUAUUUGGAUCCGCUUUCGAAAGUGUGAAGGAGGGCGUUUCGUCAGCUGGACGUACUGUGGGCGACGCAGCGAGUGGCGCGGCUCAUGCCGUUGGCGAAGGAGCGUCAGCAGUUGGUGGGGCUGUCGGUGACGCAACCACGAAAGUCGGAGAAGGUGCAUCUGCCGUUGGAGGAGCAGUUGGCGAUGCAGCGUCGGCGGUUGGAAGAGGUGCCGUGUCUGCUGGCGAAUCGGUUGCGAAUACAGUCGGAGAUGGUGCUGCCGCAGUGAAGUCGGGUGUGGUGUCUGCGGGUGAAACGGUUGGCGAUGCUGCGAGUGGAGCUUGGGGCGGUCUGAAGAGUGGAGUUGGUGCCAUAGGUGACGCUGCAAGUAGCGCCGCUGGCACAGUUGGAGAAGGCGUUUCUGCUGCUGGAGGUGCUGUUGGAAACGCUGCAGAAUCUGCUUAUGGGGCUGCAAAAGAUGGCGCUCACGCUGUUGGACAAGGAGUUUCUAAUGCAGCAUCUGGUGCCUAUGAAACCGCUAAAGAUGGUGCUCAUGCCAUAGGAGAAGGAGUUUCGGAUGCGGCUUCUGGAGCCUAUAACGCAGCCAAAGGAGGAGCUUCAGCAGUCGGCGGUGCUGUCAGUGAUGCUGCCGGUGCAGUUGGAGAUGGUGCCGUUUCAGUUGGUGGAGCGAUUGCUGACGGAGCCAGCAGCGCGGCAAAUACUGUGAAGGAGGGUGCGGCCACGGUUGGAAAUGCAGUAGCGGAUGCCGGUUCUUCAGCAUGGGAAGGUACCAAGAACACAGGAAAAGCCAUAGGAGAUGCAGCAACGGGAGUAGGCUCCUCUUUGUGGGAUGGAGCGAAAAGCGCUGUAAACACAGUUGGAGAAGGUGUGAAGAGUGCAGGACAAACGGUUGGGGAUGCUGCUUCUGGAGCAUGGGAAGGUGCAAAGAACGCUGGACAGGCGGUAGGAGACACGGCAGCUGAAGUCGGUCAUUCCACAUGGGAAGGCGCCAAGAGUGCAGGGAAAGCUGUGGGAGGCGCUGCGAGCGAUACUGCCAACGCUGUCGGUGGGUUUGUGAGUGGUGUUGCGUCUGAUACGCGGAACGCUGUUGGGAACACCUUGAAAUCGGCUGGUGAAGCAGUUGAGGGGAAAAUGUGA